AUGGCAAUACAAGCUCUCGCAGAGGGACUGGCAAUCCCAACCCAUGAGACUGAAAGAAAGCAGGACUCGCCUGUCUGUAUUUCACAGGUCUCCUGCGUUCCAAUAUUCUACCUGGAAACCUGGAAAAUGACGCCAGGUCUUCUAUGUGUAAAGAAAGCGUUGUGUGACAUGGGCCAAGAGCCAGGAAGCUAUGAAGGAGGAUGGACGCUGGUCUUGUGGCACUCCACCCAGUCAUCUGAUGACCUUCAGUUAAACCUGUCAUCCUACACUGAGGGCUAUGGCCAGCCCAAUAUUAACGCCCCAAAAUCAUAUUUUAUUGGUGAUGUUGACAGCCAAGUAAAUGCCUUCACUGAACACAGCCAUAAUCUCCAACAAGAACACAUCCCUUACCGGCAGCAUGAGACGAAGCCUACAUAUCAGCCUUGGUUCGGCUUUCUUUAUCGAGAGGCUGCUGAUGUUGCUAAGUACAUGGCUUGGAUAAAGUAUAAGAGGCAUCCCACUAUCUAUAACAGGAACCUGUACAGGACCAUUGUAUCAUUAAGACUUGUGAGACUAAGUAAACUAAGUGUUUACUCUAUAGGACUCCAGUACCUGGCAGCUCUCAACUGGAACAGUAAUACAGUACGACCUCUUGUUAUGAAGGCGUUGUGUGACAUGGGCCAAGAGCCAGGUAGCUAUGAAGGAGGAUGGACACUGGUCUUGUGGCACUCCACCCAGUCAUCUGAUGACCUUCAGUUAAACCUGUCAUCCUACACUGUGGGCUAUGGCCAGCCCAAUAUUAACGCCCCAAAAUCAUAUUUUAUUGGACUCCAGUACCUGGCAGCUCUCAACUGGAACAGUAAUACAGUACGACCUCUUGUUAUGAAGAUAGUGAUGGUGAACCAGAGCAGUACACUGCACGCCACUUAUGGCAAUCUGGUGAUCAACAAAAACGACGGCAAAUACACACUCAACAGCCUCGGCGACUACCAGGGCAAUUCAGGAGAUUAUCUGACUGGAAGUGUUGGUCGAGCGUUCUGUGCCUAUGGCAGCAGCCCUGACUUUUGUUGGUGGGGUAACCCAGGCGAUACAUCAAAUAACUUGUUGACGGGUGAUAGACCUCAAUGGGGAAAUAGUGACCUCACGUCCGUGAUGGUUUGGGUCCGGUCCCAGACGUGCGACGAUGCUUUGGCCUGCCCCCCGAUGAACACUUUCAAUCUGCCGGAUGAGUCUGUGGUGCCCCUGAGUCGAGCACCGAACACCACCUUCCCCUACAACUGUGUCGGAGACCUCAUGAUGGCGAGGAAGGUGGACGGUACCAAGUCUCCCGCAGGACAGGUCACCUGUGUACCAGCCAGCAACGGGAGUCCACUGAAAUGGGACACAGUCUUCCCAUGUGUCCUGGUGUGUCCGAGUAACUUCGUCUUGUCCUAUAACGGCACCAGCUGCUACUACUUCUCUACAACCAGGGCAAGUAUGGGCCACACCGAUGCUUUAACAAGGUGCGCUGCGAUGAAUGCUACACUGGCUUUCAUCACUGACCCAAGAGACAUGCAGACAGCAAACAACAGCAUUUAUUACCUGACAGCCUUCACCAUCAGGAGAAACGGAGCCAUCUUCCCAGAUAUUGGCAGCUUUCAGGCUCACGGCUUUGAUUGUGACUUAAAGUACCUGUAUUGCCCGGGACAGAGAAACGGUGAGGAUUUAUGCAUCAUCCUCAACAACGGAGGCCACCUCAACCUCACAAACUGCUACAAUAACAUGUACUACGCCUGCAUGAGACCAGGGAUGUGUCCGCCUGGUUACACCCUCUACAGGUCUCGGUGCUACAAGGUGAUAACCAAAAAUCAAUUCUCCAACUUCCUGGACGCCUUGGACACCUGCAACUACGAUGGAGCAGCUCUUGCUUAUCCACAGGACACUGACUUUCUUAACUACCUCGUUAAGUUUGCCCAGUCACAUAUAACCUGGAGUUCGCCGACUACGAAUAACAUCGCCAUCGGAUUCAAUAACAUAUGGGAUAACCUAACAAUAAACAACAUCUACGCACCUUCUACUGACGUGAUAAAUGCAGUGAAGAGCCUGACACGUAGUACAACCUCCAACUGCACCUUCCUCAAUGUGUCUAAGAACAGUGAUCAGUGGGUCCUCACUCCAACCUCCAUCAAUACAACCUUCACCUACGCCAUCUGCGAGUUCCGAGGUCCUCAAGAAUUGGAUGAGUUCCCUAUGCCAUUUGAUAAGAACAUUGUUAUUGAGUUAAGUUAUGUGUGGUUGAUUGCAAGUUUGAGUUUCAAGGGAAAUAUUACUCUCAAAGGCAGGAAAUGGCUAUGGAAAAUCCGUUGUCUCCGCUGUUAA